AUGUCAUUUUUUGACAAGAUCAAACAAGGCGUCUCGAACGUGGUGCCAGGGGGACGUGACAAGGUCACAGCAUCCACAACCGGAGGAAUUGGAGGCGGAGGAGGCGCGAUGGGAUUCGAGGACGAUAUGAUCAUCUCGAAACCCGUCAUCGUGUUCCAUGCGUCACAAAUAUUCUUCUCGUUCCUUGCCAUGUGCUGUUUUGCCAGCGUAGCUGCCUUCCAAGCAAAGUGGGGAGUGGGCCCUUCUGGUCUAUCUGGGUUCGCCAUCUUCGUAUCCGUGUUCACUCUCGUACUAUCUGCCGGACUUCUGGCGAUACCUGUACUAUACGAGAGAUACGACCGAUUAACACGAUUUGCACGCGUGCUCAAAGAGGCGCGCGUCGCCUUCAUCUUCGGCGGCACUGGUCUCGUCCUCAACCUCCUCAUCGCAUUCAUCGUCACCAUCUCCGCCUGGACGGAAGCGGGCUGCAAAAAUGCUGACAACGACCCAAAUGCGAAGAAGGGCGAUGCCUUCAAGAAAGGACUCGACGGUUGGUGCGCGACAAAGAAGGCCGGCGCGGUUUUCUUUUGGCUCGCCUUCGCAUCAUGGGCGGUACAUUUCGGCCUCCUUGUAUGGGACUGGCGUAAGGGUCGCCUGGGCGCACCCCGGGAUCCUCCCUUCCAACAUCCUGCUGAACAGGACGAUGCCGAUGCUGAAUCCGUCUACCAGCCCCUGCCGCCAGUUCGCCACGAUGAGGACGAGGGCCCAUUCAUGGAUACCGCACAACGCUACUCCGGAGCUCCUUCGACCGACUACGCGGGUGGCUAUGGCGGCGAUAACCGCGACACUGCCUACUCGGGUACUUCGGGCUACGGCGGCGGUGCUGCGCCAAGCGGCUACGCAGCAAGUUCACCGGCGCGCGGACGGCAAAGCAUCGACGCAUACGGCGCGUUCUCCGAUCCUGCUCCGUCGGGCUUCGAUGCACCCGCUGGCGAAGCUGGUAGCCGCGUGAGCCGCACCAUGCAGUACGCAGACCCGUACGCUGCAGUGCGCGCAUCGGUGGCGACGUCACAACCACCGAGCUACAGUCCGUACCAGGGCUACCGAUGA